AAAGAAGCUUUUCUAACUCGAGUGUCACAUUCAGAAGAGUGGUCUAUCAGCAAAUUGGCAAGUGAGGAAAUUUCAAAUCAGGUGAAAUGAGGACUUUCAUUCUACUUUUGUCAUUAUUGUGCGUGGUAUAUGCGGCAGAAAAGUGCCAUCGCGGCGGUGGUGGUGGUGGCGGCGGCGGCGGAGUUUCAGCACCUAGCGCAACGAGUGUGGGUGCGGGUACGGGUACAGGUGGAACAGGUGUAGCUUCUGCACCGAGUGCUGGUGUGGAAACUCAACCAGGUGCCGUUGGAGGUAAUGGCCAAGGACGUCAAAGUAGACAAGGCGGUCGUGGUGGACGUGGAGGACGGGCUGGACAAGGAAGACAAGGCGGAGGAGGUGGGCAAGGUCAGCGACGGGGUCGACAACAACGUCAACGACAACGAGCGAGCAAUAAUCGGGGUGGAAGUCAAAACAACCGCGCAAGGAACUCGAACAAUCGUCAGCGACGUGGAUAGACACAUUGAAUAAGGUCUAAUAUGUCCAUUUUUCUGAAAUAAGACUUUCAAGGAAAAUAUAUUUGUUUAGACUGA